UUGCCGCUCAAUCAGUAGCGAGUACUCUUUAUUCUAAUAAAGUUUAUAGCUUAAUUCAGCGUAGACGGCUUCUUGAACGUAAAAUUAUUGUAAAUAGAAUGUAUAUAUUUUUUGCAGGUUGUGUACAAGUUUAAAAUAUGAGUAGAGAAUGUUAUUUCACAUAGGUUACAUAAGGGCGCGAGGGGAGGGCGAGAAGGGAGGGCGCGGGAACGAGGACUUCGCAGGUUCCGUUUGUGUUUAUUCGUGAGUCUGAGCGCCAGUUACUUUUGGCGGUGUUGCGAUGGUAAAAAAAAAGUGAAAUUUUGCUAAAUGUGAUGCAUACGGUAUAGAAAUAAACACAAAUUUGGUUAUUUAAUUAUGAAACCAAAAAUUAUAAGCGAAGUUUAAGACUCGAAGGCACGAGUGCGCAUCAGCCGGUCGCGAUCAUUUUAUUACAAUUCCUUGAAACGAAGUAGCGACCAACCCUUGAGGUGCCAGUGAGGUGGCAGUGAGGUGCCAGAAGUGAAGGAGAGGCGCGGCGGUGCUCGGGACGAUGCCGGCGCGGCUGGGCGGCGCGGGCGCGGGUGCGGCGGCCGCAGAUGUGAGCGUGGCGGACUCGCCGCUGGCCGCGUUCGAGUCGCUGACGCAGGCCGCCGUCAUCGCCGUCGUGGGCAUCGCCAUCGUCAUCUCCAACUUGCUUAUCAUAGCUGCCUUCCUCAACUUCAAAGGGGUGUGCGCAGGGCUGGCGCACGAGGUGAUCAACUACUAUCUGCUGUCGCUGGCCGUGGCGGACCUGCUAUGCGGGCUGCUGGUGGUGCCGCUGUCGGUGCACGCGGCGGCUGUGGGCCGCUGGGUGUUCGGCGGGCUGGUGUGCCGGCUGGCCGGCUACCUCGAAGUCACGCUCUGGUCCGUCUCCGUCUACACCUUCAUGUGGAUAUCUGUGGACCGCUACCUCGCGGUCCGGAAACCGCUCCGAUAUGAGACGGUUAGUCUGACGGUACAAACGCGCACGCGCAGCCAAUGCUGGAUGGUAUUCACGUGGAUUUCGGCCGCUAUGCUGUGCUGCCCGCCGCUGCUCGGCUACAAGAAGGAGGCCAACUACGACGCGCGCACAUUCAUCUGCAUGCUGGACUGGGCGUCGACGUACGCGUACACCGCGACGCUGGGCAUCCUCGUGCUGGGGCCUAGCCUCAUCUCCAUCGUGUACAACUACUACUACAUCUUUGCGAUGCGGCGCAAGCUCAACAGCGGCGCGCCCAUCCACGACAAGGAGUACGCGACCGCUCUGGCGGAGAACCUCGCCAACCCCAGCCACUGCAUGAGCUUCCUGCUGGUCGCCGCCUUCUGGCUCUCCUGGAUUCCCUACUUCGCCCUUCAGAUCUACGAGUACUUUACUGCUCAGGUUAAAGUGCCCAUGUUGCACUUCGGCGUGGUGUGGUUGGGGAUUCUCAAUUCCUUUUGGAAAAUCGUGAUACUGAUAACGUUCAGCCCGCAGUUCAGACUGGCGCUCAGGAUCCUGUGCCUGACGUGCUGCCGUGCCAAGGGCCGGCUGCAAGCCGAGCUCGUCGGCAUGGACAACGACGACUGAACGCGCCUCUCUGUUGCCACUUGUUGCGUCGACCUCGGUCCAGAUGUCGAGUCCGUGGCUGCUGCGCCGGCGCUACUUUUACUCAUGUUUGCAGAUUUACGGCCGGUUCGUCCUAUGAUACUUCGGCAUUUGUGUUUACUUUUGCAUAUUACUAAUAUUAUAAAUGCGAAUGUUUAGAUGAAUGAAUGUUUGUUAGAAGGUAUCUCCGGAACGGCUCAACGGAUCUUAAAAAUAAAUAAACAUCUUUACAUAGACCACGGAUCACGUAAAUUUUAUGAGUUCGUACAUU